AUGUCCACUCUGUUAGAACGGAAGUUCUCCCAAAAACUCAUGGGACUAGAGGCUUGCAAUCUGCCCAUGGGUUUUAAAUUUUAUGCAAAACACAGUAAUAGAAAAGAGUCUCCUGAUUCCGGAGGAAACCCUGGUACGGUAGCGCCAGGAAGGAUGGGGUUGCAGGAGUUAUAUAGGCUACCGAAACCGAAAAGGACUAGAAUGGCGAUCUGUACUUAUAACGCACGUACGCUUGCAUCGGAAGCGGCCAUCGAAGAUCUGACGAUGCAAGCCAAGAAGAUCAAGUACGAUGUCAUCGGACUAACCGAGACGAGACGACGUCAUCCUCUCAACGCCGUAUAUGAAACUGGAGAAGAACUAUUCUUAGGAACAUGCGACAGUAGAGGUGUUGGUGGAGUUGGCGUCCUCGUCAACACAAGUAUGGCAAAGAACAUCGACUCUUUGGAACAAUUUACAACCCGAAUCGGACGUCUGCGGAUGAGAAGAUGUGGUUCAACACCAGUUUUGACUAUCUUCGUCGCUUACGCUCCAACAUCAAGCUACGAAGAAGAAGAAAUCGAAGUUUUCUAUAUGGAAGUGGAGAAGUUCCAUAGAGAAGAUCAUGUCUUCUACAAGGUCAUAAUUAGCGAUUUCAACGCCAAAGUGGGCCCAAGAAGAACGCCGGAGGAACUCCACAUCGGGACCCACGGCCUACAAUGGAAUGACCAGGGGGAGAGGCUCUCCAAGUUCAUCAUGACGAUUAAGACCAUCCAUGGGAACUCGCAAUUCCAGAAGCCCUCCUCUCUACGCUGGACGUGGGGUCACCCGGUGGAGGGUAACGUAAUGAAAUAG